GGCCUGCGUCCCAGCCUGGAGGCUCAGCCGGCCCCCCCGCAGCUGCCGGGCUGGGUCCCCGCAGACCUGCUGCGUUAUGGCCCCCUCUACAACGACAUGCUGGGGGAGAUCGACACCGCAACGGUGCAGCAGCUGGACGCCGACCUGGUUGCUGGGACUGAGGAGCGGGAGAUCUACGCCGAGCUGAUGAAGGACCUGUUUUCCCAGCCGCCGAGCUUCGACCUGGGGCCCGUGGUGGCGCCGGCUCCCCCCGGCCUGGACCUGAGUGGCUACCUGGCCUCCCGCACGCUGAGCCGGUGCAAGGAGGAGCAGGUGGUGAACAUGGAGCUGAGCCGUGUCCUGGCCGACGGGGCCCUGAGCCCUGAGGGUGUACCCGCCCUGGAGCCUACACUGCAGCACACAGGGGCCUGGCGCCAGUGGUGGGAGAGCACGAUGCUGCCCGAUGAGUACUUGAAGUUCCUCGCUGUCCAGGACUCCGACUUCCUGCAUGUCAUCUUCCAGCUGUACGACAGCAAGUCAUGCCCACUGCCCUCCCUGGAGCCAGCACCGCGGGCCCCCACAUCCCCACUACCGCUGCGGCGGGAGCCCACGCGCCAUGCUCCCAUCGCCCAGCCAGAGGAGCACGUGCCCGGGCUGUGGGAUGCCACCUCUGCCCUAGUGGACCAGAGCCAGGAGUGCCAGCCUGAGGACCUGGGGCCACUGCAGAGGCGCUUAGAGCGGCUCUGGACCGCGCUACGCUUCCCCGACCGGGAGAAGCUGGACAUGGCUGUCAAAUACAGCUCUGGCCGGGCCCAUACCCAGCUCCCAGCCGCGCUGGAUGCGUGGGAGCAGGCGGCCAAGGCCAUCCAGGAGCGGGAGCUGCUUCUGGCCGAGCUGGAGGCCCUGGAGCAAGCCGCUUCUGAUCCCAACCGCUUCUUUGCGCGGGUGCCCGCCGCCUUUGUGGCCCGUGCCUGGGAGGCCCGUAUGCGGAGCCGGCUGCAAGCCGCCAUGGCUCCGCACGAGGCUGAGCUCAGAGCCCUCCUGCCCCGCAUCUGGCGACGCUUUGGGGACACGGUGACCUACCGGGGCCGGCCCUACCUGGAGAAGCUGCGGUGGGACAAGGUGGAGAUGCUGUACUGGCUGCAGCAGGGGGGCCGGGCCCGCUGCCCGGGCCCGGGGGGGCGGCUGGGGCCAGGGGAGGCCUCCGACCUACCCUGGGCCAGGCCCUGGCUCUGA